GGUGGCUACAACGGGGCCACAUUUAACUCGUUUGCGUCACGCUUUGGAGUUUCCUCCCUGGUUAGACAUUUGGCGUUUGCUGAGGUUUUGAGACCAAAACCGAAAUUCCAGACCAUUUUUGGCUGGUGGGCUAAAGCUGCGUUCUCUGAUGGGUUACAUGGCGUGCGUUUGAUCCUGGGGUGUGCGCUACGCGAUGGCCGCGUCGGGCGGACGGAAGAGCGAGAAGUUGGACGAGGCGCAGGCGUUGGCCCGGAGCUGCGCGGGGAGACCGGACUUUCUCCCGUGCGACGGACUGUCCAUCUGCGCCACACACAGCCAUGGGAAGUGCUUCAAGCUCCACUGGUGCUGCCACUUGGGAUGGUGUCACUGUAAAUAUGUGUACCAGCCGAUGACCAACGUGUGCCGCCUCCCCAGCACCCCAGUGCCUGCCACGCCCACAGACCACCCCCAUACCAUGGACCUGACAGUCUCAUUGGCCGAACGCUUCCUCAUGACUGCCCCCGCCUUCCAAGCCCCGCCUUCCCUUGAGUCGCCAAAGUUCUGCAUCAUCUCAGACCUCUUCGUGGACGACUACAUGGUCAAACGCAUCAAUGGGAAGAUGUGCUAUGUCCAGAGACCUCAACCUUCAACCAUGCCCAGCCCGCCUCAAUCACAUCCCCCUCACCCCCGGUCCAAACCCCACCCCCAACGGACCCCCAGACACCACCCACACCUCCAGCCCAGACCACACCCCCAGGGCACCAAGCCCAGUGCCCUGGGAGACAAGGUCACCACCCCCAAAAUAGACCACUGCUCCUCCCCGUCCAGCUCUGAGGAUUCUGGGAUAAAUGCGCUGGGCGGCCAUUACAUGGAGUCAUGUGACGAGGGUUCUGAGGAAGAGGAGGAAGACGAGGAGGAAGUGGAGGAGGAGGAUGAAGAGUUAAGUAGUGAUGGAGAGUCUAGUCCACUAAGUAUGUGGAAUCAAGAUGAGUGUUCUCUGCUCUCUCCGUCCAAGUCUAUGGUGGAGAUUAUUGAGAAGAUUGAGACAACUGUGUGAGACAACUUGCACUGUCGCGUUGAAAUAGAGACGAUGAGACAGUGAUCUAGCCGGUUCAGCUUAGAGCCACAC